ACGAAGUAAGUAACGACCCACGGCGGUUACGAGCCGUACUCGAGCUAGACGAGACUAAUGACGAAAUGGCAUCGGGGAACGUGAGCUUUUCUGAAACGAAGCUAUUAUUACGCUUAUUGUGUAAGCUUGCCCGAUCGCUGGCACAUGUCUGCAUUAAAUCAAUAUCACAAUGACACGUAUGGAAAAUGCAGCGAGUUUGCAAUCAGAUCGAUUCAUCACAUCAACGUCCGCGCACGAGGAGGGUGAAGAGGACGGACGCGCGCGGUGGCGGCACCCCCGAGGAGAAACGUCCCAGAACGGCAUUUAGCGGCGAACAGCUAGCGAGAUUGAAGCGGGAAUUUGCUGAGAACCGAUACCUGACGGAACGGCGAAGGCAGCAGCUUUCGAGGGAUCUGGGUUUGAACGAGGCGCAAAUCAAGAUUUGGUUCCAAAACAAACGCGCGAAAAUAAAAAAGGCCAGUGGCCAGAAAAAUCCACUGGCGUUACAACUGAUGGCGCAGGGACUCUACAAUCACUCGACGGUACCGCUCACUAAGGAGGAGGAGGAACAGGCCGCGGAGCUCCAAGCGAAAUGACGAUUGUAAACUUGGAAGAGCACUCGGCUAAGUCUAGUUUAUAAUCGCGAGUCUUAAAUUUCAUAUCUUGAACCCCAAAGAUGCUAUAAGAUCAAAUUUUAUUUUUUCUUUCUCUUUCUUUUUUUUGUGUUUCUGUAUAUAUACAUAUGUAUAGGUAUAUA